ACACCAAUAAAGGCAGAAGUGGAAGUAUCCUAAUGCAGUGUUCUUCCUGGUUAGACAAUCCUGCUGUUCUCUGUGAGAUACCUGCAGAUUCUAAACCAUGGCUGAAGAUGAAAUUGCAGCUCUGGUGGUCGACAAUGGGUCUGGAAUGUGUAAGGCUGGCUUUGCAGGCGAUGAUGCUCCCAGGGCUGUGUUCCCCUCCAUCGUGGGACGCCCCCGUCACCAGGGGGUGAUGGUUGGAAUGGGUCAGAAAGACAGUUAUGUUGGAGAUGAAGCCCAGAGCAAGAGGGGCAUUCUGACCCUGAAGUACCCAAUUGAACAUGGUAUUGUGACCAACUGGGAUGACAUGGAGAAGAUCUGGCAUCACACCUUCUACAAUGAAUUGCGAGUGGCCCCAGAGGAGCAUCCUGUUCUCCUCACGGAGGCACCCCUCAACCCCAAAGCCAACAGGGAGAAGAUGACCCAGAUCAUGUUUGAGACCUUCAACACACCAGCCAUGUACGUUGCCAUCCAAGCCGUGCUGUCCUUGUACGCCUCCGGGCGUACGACUGGCAUUGUGCUAGAUUCUGGUGACGGUGUAUCCCACACCGUGCCCAUCUAUGAAGGGUACGCCUUGCCUCAUGCCAUCCUGAGAUUGGACUUGGCUGGCCGGGAUCUCACUGAUUACAUGAUGAAGAUCCUGACCGAACGUGGGUAUUCCUUCACGACCACAGCCGAGAGGGAGAUUGUGCGUGACAUCAAGGAGAAACUUGCUUACGUGGCCCUGGACUUUGAAGCUGAGAUGCAGACAGCCAGCUCCUCCUCAGCCUUGGAGAAAAGUUACGAGCUGCCUGAUGGUCAAGUCAUCACCAUCGGCAACGAGCGCUUCAGGUGCCCAGAAACCCUGUUGCAGCCCUCCUUCAUUGGUAUGGAGUGUGUUGGGAUUCACGAGACCGCUUUUAACAGUAUAAUGAAAUGUGAUGUAGAUAUCAGGAAGGAUCUGUAUGCUAACAUUGUCCUGUCUGGGGGAACCACCAUGUUCCCAGGUAUUGCUGAUCGGAUGCAGAAGGAAAUCACAGCCUUGGCUCCGAGCACAAUGAAGAUUAAGAUCAUAGCUCCCCCCGAGAGGAAGUAUUCAGUAUGGAUCGGAGGUUCCAUCUUGGCUUCUCUCUCCACCUUCCAGCAAAUGUGGAUCAGUAAGCAGGAGUAUGAUGAGUCUGGGCCAUCCAUUGUCCAUCGCAAGUGCUUCUAACUUUUUAGGGUUUUAGCUGUUGAAAGUGACCAAACCCUGGAGAAUAAUGUUUUGUUUCUCUCUGAUCUGUCUUUGCUCAGGCUGAUCUAAUACAUUCUGCCCUGAUCCUCCCGCUUCCUCUUCCACUUCCUCUUUAGUCAUGUGCAGUUUGAAUAUCUCCUUUUUUGGGCAAUGGAGACCAUAACCAUUAUGAUCUGAAAUAGGCUCUAAUUGCCAGUGAAGAAGGUUUUUUUUUAAAAGCAGCAUUACUGUCCUUUAAUUCAUGAACUGAUGGGUAAUGUCUGUGACACUGAAGGUUUACAUAAUGGUGAAUGUUACUUAUCAUAAUGUGAAAAUAAAUCACUUUGUCAACAA